UUGUUGCAGCACUGAACCUUGACCCCAUCCCAAAGAGAAAGAAAGGGGGGGGGGGAACAAUGUAUCAAUCCAGCUUUCUUUCCCUGAAAACUGGGUAAUUUGAAAAAAGUUGAAGCCUUUUUCCAGAGAAGUGGUGGAAGAUGUCUAAUCAGAGGAUCGCUUAUUCUAAUCCUACAUCUCCUCAGGAAGAUGCUAUGUUAUGCAAUAUUGGCUGCAGCAGCUCCUUGGAUAUUUCAGCCUCUUGGGAGUUUCGGGAGUUUCGUCUUACAGUUGCUUUGCAGUUGCGAUGUUGUUCUUUUAGUAGUCACAGGCAUUUUUCAGCAAUAUCAUGUUUAUCAAAUCCAGAAGAUACGUUUACAAGGUUAUUAUAGUUUCAGUCAGAAGUUGAAGCAUAUUGUUCGUCUACCAUUUGCCAUUACUGCUUAUGGAACUGCUGCAAUGAUGCUUGUCAUGGUCUGGCAACCCUAUAUUAGUUUUCUUUCCACCUCAGCUAUACGCAGGAUUAUUAUGUUGGUUGAAGCAGUAUGUUCUGCUUUUGUUAUGAGUGUGUAUAUCGGCUAUGUACACCAGUACAAUUCAUUGGAUUCUCGGCCUGAUGUUUUGAAGUCAUUAUAUUCUCCCCUUCAACCACAAAGUCCUUUGGAAGAUUUAAGGUAUCACGAUGGCGGUCGACUCUCUGACCAGCAAAUGGCUUUACUGCAUUAUCAGCUUGAAAGCCUUCAUUUUCUGAGUGAGGAGGUUCUCCGAUUGCAAGAGUGCUUAAGCAAAUAUGAAGGAUCUAAUGAUGGAACCACACCUCAGGUCGAUCUUACCCAUCUAUUAGCAGCACGUGAUCAAGAAUUGCAAACAGUUUCAGCUGAGGUACACUGGUUAAUAUCGGAAAUAUGAAAAUUUGCUGAUUCGCCUUACCGAUGCAGAGAUUUCUUUGGAACGAUUAAACUUUUCAUGCUCGCAUAUCAUCUGUUGUUCACCUAUGCACCUUUUGCCCUUUUCCAUACUGUUCUAUCUUGUUUGAACACAUACUCAUGUUCAUGGUUUAAAUAGGUGACUAGUGCUUAAGAGUAAGGAUUUAACCUGUUAAGAAGCUGGGUGUUCAUUUGGCAUGCAAACCCUACGGUCCUAUGUUGCUCCGAGCCUCCGACCCUCAUUUUUCUUGUUGAAGUAUAUGUUUCUCAUACCCAUGUCCGAGACAUAUUCAGACAUGGUAUGGGGGUUGACACUCUAAAUACACAAAAUUUAUCAGAUGGAUAUCCAUAUCCAACACUUAUGCUCA